AUACCAACAUCCUUCGAGAAUGCGGCUUUUCUCCUCACGAACAUCAACUCGGACCGAACUAGUUUAUCCCUAGUUCAUCCGUUCCACGUGGCGCGCAUACGAAUGAGAUCAACUAACCCUAUCCGGUACUACUACUGCUUGAAGUGCGACUUCGGGUCCUCGCGGCCUUCGCUCUUAACCCGGAAAGGGAGAUUUGUCUCCAAGUAUGACACUUACACUGUACACAGGAUGGAGAGAUAUAAAGACCCUGGCUGAUCUCAGCUGCUGCGACUUUGAUCUGACACAUCCACACACUCACAAUACAUACAAUCUCAUCUGUUGACACUGACAAGCAGUGACUGAAGUUCACCUUCAAUUUAAUUGUUCUCCCAUAACAAUCACAGUCACCUUCAACAACAAUGGCCACUGUCUCUAACGGCUCUUCCUACGACUUCAUCGUCGUGGGCGGUGGUACUGCUGGAAACGCAGUUGCCGGCCGUCUCGCUGAGAACCCUGAGGUCCGCGUCCUGGUCGUCGAGGCCGGUAUUCCCAACCCUGACCAGUUCGAGGAGAUCACCACCCCUUCCAAGGCCUUCAACCUCCGUGGUAGCAAGCAUGACUGGGCCUACAAGUCUACUAUGGUCAAGCGCGACGACUACGAGCGAAUUGAGAAGCCCAACACCCGUGGAAAGAUGCUUGGUGGAAGUUCCGGUGCCAACUACUUCACCUGGAUUCCCGGUUCGAAGCCUACCUUUGACGACUGGGAGGAAUUCGGUGGCCCCGAGUGGAACUGGGAUCACUGUGUCGACUACCUCCGCAAGUGCGCUACCUACCACGAUGACGAGAAGCUCUACCCUGCCGAUCUGAAGAAGAUCGGAACUGGCGGUCCCAUCAACAUCGCCCACGCCGACCUGGUUCCCGAGAUGGCUCCUUUCCGUGACGCCCUCACUCAGGCUUGGGUUUCCAAGGGCCAGCCUCUGACCGAGGACAUCUACUCUGGUGAGAUGAAGGGUCUCACUCACUGUGUUGACACCAUCUACGGUGGUCAGCGCCAGGGAAGCUACCUCUACCUGAAGAACAAGCCCAACGUCACUAUCCUCUACGGCGUUCACUCCAAGCGUCUGAUCAUCGACCCCCAGACCCGCGUCUGCCAGGGUGUCACUGUUAUCAGCGAGGCUCACAACACUGAGAUCAGUGUCUACGCCACCCGCGAAGUUAUCCUUUCCCAGGGUGUCUUCGAGACCCCCAAGCUCCUCCUGCUGAGCGGUGUCGGUCCCGCCGCUGAGUUGGCCAAGCACAACAUCCCCCAGAUCCUCGAGUCUCCUCACGUUGGACAGCAUCUCCUGGACCACCCCAUCGUUCCUUUCGUCCUCCAGGUCAAGGACGGAUACGGUCUGGACGACCACAUCCUCCGCCCCGGUCCUAAGAACGAGGUCGCCAUCAAGGCCUACGCCAAGGACAAGACUGGUGCUAUCAGCUCCGGUCUGCUCGAGCUUGUUGGUUUCCCCCGUAUUGACGAGCGCCUCGAGAAGUACCCUGAGUACCGCCAGGCCAAGGCUGCCAACGGUGGCCUGGACCCCUUCGGACCCGCUGGCCAGCCUCACUUCGAGCUUGACUUCGUUGGCAUGUUCAGCACUGCCUUCCAGUGGCACUACCCCGUCCCCGAGUCUGGCAGCUACAUGACUGUCAUCGUCGACCUGCUCCGUCCUCUGUCCGAGGGUGAGGUCACCCUGAACAGCUCCAACCCUCUGGUUCAGCCCAACAUCAACCUCAACUUCUUCGCCAACGACCUGGACAUCCUGGCCAUGCGCGAGGGUAUCCGCUGGACCUACGAUGUCCUGACCACCGGUGCCGGUUUCAAGGACAUUGUCGUCAAGGAGUACCCCUUCAAGAUGCCUCUCCACUCCGAUGAGGACAUGAAGAGAGCUGUUCUGGACCGCAGCCAGACUGGAUACCACCCUUGCGGUACUGCCCGUCUCUCCAAGAACAUCCAGCAGGGUGUCGUCGACUCCAAGCUCCGUGUUCACGGAAUCCGCAACCUCCGCAUCGCUGAUGCUUCCAUCAUGCCCGUCAUCCCUGACUGCCGUAUCCAGAACUCCGUCUACAUGAUCGGAGAGAAGGCUGCCGACAUCAUCAAGGCCGACUACAAGGACAUCUACGAGGGCAAGAACAUCCCUUACUUCCUCCAGAGCAGACUGUGAUUUCUCUCUGCCGUCUCGGUGUAGAGGAUGACAUUCUGUAAAAUUGUUACGCAUCGAUGUUUACUAGACUUAGAUUGUUAGUUUAACUUUGUUCUUUUUUUACUUACCUUAC